AUGAUUAAUGAUAGUACUGUUGCAAGUAGACAUAUGAAAAUAUGUUUGGCAAUUAAUGGAUUUAGUUGGUUAGGAACUGCAUCAUAACAUUCUUAGCCUGAAUUAAAAUUUAUCAGUUGUAUCUCAGGAUUAUUAUCAUUAUAUUUUUGGAAUUAUAGAGCAAUCAAAUUAUUUGAAAGUGAUCCCUCCAAGAAUGUAUGAAAAACUAACUUAUUUGUUAGGCAAACUAUCUUAAAAAAGCAUCCUACAACUUUUUCUUGGUCUACUAUGCUUUAUUAUUAUUAGAUAUAGGAAUCAAAAGAAAUUAAGAAAAAUUAAAUCAUUGA